UUCUGAGUUCGAUCGAAAAUUUCUGUUGAUUUUCAACUUUUUUUUCUCUGCAGAAGCUUAAAAAAGAUAAAAUAAAAUAGUAAAAAAAUUAAUAGAUUUCAUCUGUUAGUUCCCCUUAAGUUUUCAUCAGAAAUUGUUAAUGGGUAUCUUUUAGUUUCAACGAAAUCACUCUUUAUUGCUGUUUCAUUCUUAUUUUUUUCAUAUGAGUUAGCCAGUUAUGUCCUUUUUUUUUUUUUUUUGUGAAGAAUUACUGUUAUUUUUAUUCAGAUAAUCGAUCUUGGGUAUUUGCCAGAAUGAGCUAAAAGCUAUGUAAGUACCGUUUACGGAGUAGGCUUAUUCUUUUACAUCCUUGAUUCUCCAUUUUUUUUUUUAGGUAGUUUAUUCAUUGCUUGAUAUCAGUAGCCUUCUCUAAAAAUGGAACUGAUGUGGGGGUUUCUAUAAAUCUGUGUAGAAUCUGGUGAGUAGUUGAAGUUUUGAUUCAUGGCUCUUAAUUUGUGGCUUCAAGGUGUUUGAGAUCGUUUUUGUUUUUUGCUUUUGCUUUCUAUCAAUUUGAAUUUAGUUUCGUUGCCUCGUUUGUGCUGUGGUUUCUCUAAUCAUUGGGGAAAAUUAGCUUCAACUUUUCCUGUAGUACUGGAGAAGACCCUUUUUUGGGGGAUUCAUUUUCAGUAGAGUAGUUUCUAUAAUUGUAAACGGUGAAGAGGAAAGCUCAAAGUUUUUUUCUAGAGCUAAUGGAUUUCAUGACAUUUGGGUUCUUCCACGCGAUCUGCCCUCCAGCUAAAAUUUUCUGUGGUAGUAUGGGUCUUGGAUGGAAUCCUUGUCUUGGGCGAUGAAUUUAUUGGCCUUGUUUUUUCUGUUAGAAGCAAGUUUUAUUUCUUCCUGUGAACAUUUGAAUGGAUUUUCUCACAGGUUCUUUCUUUUCUUUGACUUGGAAUGGCUUAAACAGGGUCGAGUUUAAAGGAUCUUAGAAUCAUGAAGUUCAGGGAAGGGAAUACAGUGGAGGUGUUGAGAACGAAAUUGGAUCCAUGUGGCUCUUGGUUUCCUGGUAAAAUAGUUGAAGUAAAAGGAGAUCAGUGUACUGUUAGGUAUGAGUUGCUUCUGAAUUGUGAAGGAGAGCCAGUUGUUGAAAAGGUUCACAGGGAUGAUGUUAGGCCUCAACCCCCAUUCCUAAGGAAAGAGAGAUGGGUAAAUGGUGAUGUAGCUGAAGUGUUUGAUACUCAUUCUUGGAGGUCUGGAAAGGUGGCAAAGGUGAUGAAUAAUAAUCGGUUUGUUGUUAGAUUGUUUGGGUCUAUCCAACUAAGAGAGUUUCGCAAGUCUGAUCUAAGGGUUCAACAAAUUUGGCACAACAUGAAAUGGGUAAAGAUUGGGAAGGUUGGUGGAUAUAAACAAAUCAACUACAAUGUUGCAGAAAAUUGUUCAAUAUAUUCUCGAGGACUUUUUAUUUAUGAGGACCCGCAACAAGGUAUCCAGGAAGAAACCCACAGCGAAGAGAGAAUUUGGAUGGAUCAUGUUAAGACACUUUCCCCUAUGAAGACAUUAAAGAGAGAUCGUGAAUCUCAUUUCAAAUCAUCCCCUGCAGAUGCUGUUGCUGCUAGUGUUCAUAGGAGAUGGCAAGCAACCACAAAACAGGGAAAACAUGACCACCUGCCCGUGAGAAAUCUUCCUCUUAUUGAACAGAUGAUGCUCCUUCAGUUUUUGAAAUAAGGUUCCACUUAAUGUGGCUGUCAGUCAUUGGUUUUAUGGUGAGCUCUGAUUGUCCGUUGUUUCUCAUUCUUCUUCUGAUAUAUGUACUGUUUGCUUGAAAUUAUAUGUUUUAACUAUGCUUUGCAGGAUUAAGCUUCCUCCACCAAAAACCUUUAUUUUAUUGAUUUCUUAUAUUUUCAUGUAAUCAAAAUGGUUUGCCGGUUACUGUUUCCUGUUAAACAUAUAUUGCAACUUUUGUCUUCUAGAUUUCGCUUUCUCAAUCAUUGUUCUUUGUUGGCAUGGCUUAUCAUAGUCUGAUACCGAAGGUUCUUUGUAGAUACUGCACAUAUCGGAAAUUUAUGGCAAAUUCAGUGAAUUAUAGGAGUGCGGAACUAGUAUUGUUA